UCUGCAGUGUGAGCCGGACUUUGGCCUUGGGGACUUACCGGAGGCGGCAGCUUGGACGCGCCAGGCCAGGUUAGGGAGAGGGGCGGACGUGCGAGUUGUGGAGAGGAGGCGUUAAUAACAGCGCCGGUGGGGUCAGGGUGCCUAAUGCUGUAUAGUUCAUCCUUGGGUCGACUUUCAAGAGCUGCUGUUCAAGUUGGUCUUUCCAGGUGUUGUAGGAGAACCAGCGGAGUUAAACGUUUUUUCCUUAAGGUUAUUCCUCCAAGUACAUGCAGAACUAUGGCUAAAAGUAAAUUUGAAUAUGUUCGUAACUUUGAAGCAGAUGAUACGUGUCUACAAAACUGCUGGGUUGUAGUUCGACUAGAUGGCCGAAAUUUUCACAAAUUUGCAGAUCGGCAUGGUUUUAAAAAGCCCAAUGACGAGCGAGCCCUUCAUUUGAUGACCAAGUGCGCAUUGACUGUCAUGGAAGAACUGAAUGACAUUGUAAUUGCAUACGGCCAAAGUGAUGAAUAUAGCUUUGUCUUCAAAAAGAGAAGUAACUGGUUCAAGAGAAGAGCAAGCAAAUUCAUAAGCCACGUAGUCUCCCAGUUUUCUUCCAGCUUUGUUUUCUACUGGAAAGAUUUCUUUAAAGAUCAACCUCUCUUAUUUCCACCUGGGUUUGAUGGGAGAGUUGUUCUGUAUCCCAGCGACCAGAAUCUCCGAGACUACCUGAGUUGGAGACAGGCUGACUGUCACAUCAAUAAUCUUUAUAACACAACGUUCUGGGCCCUUGUGCACCAAGGUGGUUUGUCUAAUAGUAAAGCUGAAGAGAGGCUGAAGGGCACUGUUGCAGGAGACAAAAAUGAGAUUUUGUUUUCAGAGUUCAAUAUUAAUUAUAAUACGGAGCCUGAAAUGUUUAGGAAAGGAACUGUACUGAUAUGGCAAAAGGUUGAAGUAGCUAUUGAUAAACUCAUCAUAACUCCUGAUACACCUGACGGGAGAAAUGCCGUGGUUAAAAGGAAUCGCAAUAAAGUUCUCCCGUUACAUGUAGAUAUCAUUGGAGAUGGAUUUUGGAGGGAACAUUUAGAGAUCCUUGCUGAUGACAGCUAGACUGAAAGCUUUGCUUCCCAUAACUCUUGAAGUUUAUUCACAAGUACAGAUCUGCAAGAACUGAUGUUGUGGGUAUCUUGCGCAGGUGGUCGUUUUUUUGGUAUUAAUCUGCUACAUUUUUGGAAAGGAGGGUACAUCCUAACACAGCCUGCAUCCAACAUUGACACGUGGAACUUCAGUGAAGUACACUGGAUGGCUUACAAGCAGAAAUAGGAAUUCCUCUUUGGCCAAUAAAUGAAUGCUAAGGAUAAGGAUUUUUGGAAGAGACUGCAAAAUAUGGGGUGGUGCCCUGAUUCCAGUUACAGUUGAAUGUAUAGAUAUCCUCUUAAUGUUUUACCAUUUCACUGGAGAUGUUUUGACAAUUUUCAUUAAAAUAAGCCUUUUUUGCAUCGUGAAAGUUGGUUAAUUAUUUUAAGUGCGAUUUUUAGUAUGCAGCAUUAGUUAAAACUGUCUGAUCUCAAACUGGGCAUUUGGAGCUGUCUUAUCUAUUUCAAAGUUUAAAAACUAACAGGGCCUUGUUUUAACAUUUUGCAAAGAUCAAUCUAAACCAUGCUGUCCUGUAUAGCCCUUCAUUUUUCUAUCAUCCAUGUGCUUAUCUAAGUGUUCUUAAAUGCUGCUAAUGUAUCUAGCUCUGCUAACAUCCUUAUCAGAGCUUUCCACACACACACCACUCUGUGUAUUUAAAAAAACUUACCUCUGACAUUCCACCCCCAUAUCCUUCUGGGAGGGGGGAGAAGAUAACGGCACGAUGACAGCGCGCGCGGCCACUUCCGUGAUGAUAUCUGUUAUCUGUCAAGUAGGGGACCGUGCACAAUUCUGAUUUGAUGGAGACAGACGUGAGAGCACGGAGGAACAUCUGGAAAACUUCCGAAAUGUCCACUUCGCUGUCGCUGCUACUGUGUGGUAACCGGAAUCUCCGGAGCUGAAGGCCCCGAAAACCUCGGCUUUGCGUGUUUCAGCGGCCGGGGAGAGGUCAAAGGCACUCGACAGAGGAUGGCACUCGGGAGGCGGUAUCGGAGAGGCUGGUCAGAGGCUCAAAGUUUUCGGACGGAUGGACCCAGUGUCGGCUGUGGUCAGCUGCUUCCAAGGUAUCGGCAAGUUGACGGUGCCUGGAGGUUUAUGGCAGGGAGUUUCUCCCUUUUUGCCGCCUGCUAUUGGGGACUCGGGACUUUGAGACUUUUUUUUUACUGUGCCCAUGGUCUUCUUCAUCAAAUUAUGGUAUUGCUUUGCACUGCUGUAACUAUAUGUUGUAAUUAUGUGGUUCUGUCAGUGUUAGUCCUGUUUUCUGUGAUAUC